AGCCGGCCCGGAGCCAGCGCGGAGCCCGGCAUGGCGGCGGCGGCGGCCGUGAGCGUCCCGCAGGGCCCCGCGCCCCCCGCGCCCGCCGCGCCCGCGCCCCCCGCGCCCCCCGCCGCCGGGCUGGGCCGCUGCCGCGCGGCGCUGCUGCUGGCCGUGGCGCUGGACGUGGCGGGCAUGGCGGCGCUGCUGACCGGCGUGUUCGCGCAGCUGCAGGUGCGCGGCCGCGACUUCGGCGACCUGCUCAUCUACUCGGGCGCGCUGCUGGUGUUCGUGAGCCUGCUGGGCUGGAUCCUCUGGUACACCGGCAACAUCGAGAUCUCCCGCCAGGAGCUCGAGCGCGACUACGGCCUGCGGCCCUCGGCGCUCGCCCGCCUGGCGCGCAAGCUGUCCCGCCGCUGGUCCGCGCCCGCCGCCGCCGGCCCGCGCGCGCCCGGGGCCAGGGGCGCCCGCCGCGCCCCCCGCGCGCCCCCGCCGGGCGCCGGCUCCCGCCGCGUGCGCCUGCAGCUCGCCACGCUCGAGGCCGCGCCGGGGUCCGCGGGCGCCGGCCCCGACUGAGCCCCCCGAGACAAAGCCAAGGAUGCCCCUGUGAGGACCGGACUGAGACGCAGCUGGCCCCCUCCCGUGGCCUCAGGACGCCUCCCCACCAGGAUGCUCCCUGUCGCCUGCAUAAAGGACUGCCUCCCA